AUGGAUUUUAUGAAGCGCGUCGGCGGCGUGGAUUUAGUGGUGAAUUUUGCACAGCAAGUGGCGGCAGACGACGAGAAAUUUGAUGCACUUAUUCGUGAGGGCGCGUUUGAGGUGUUCACGCACGCGUUGCUCGCAGAUGAGGACGAGGUCACCGUUCGCGGGCUCAUCGGACUCGCUUGCGCGCUGCCGAGACGACGGGCGCUGCGCGUCAAACUCGCUGAAGACGGCGAGUGCGUGCGACGGCUCGCGACCCUGAUGGGAUCAUCCACGGAUGAAAGUCUCAAGGGCUUCGCCGGGGGUUUGUUCCGAGCCUUAGCGCUCGAUCCCGAGACGAAAGGUUUAGUCGAGAAGGCGCUGCGAGAAGGCGAGGCGCGAGACGCGAUCAACAACGCCGCCGUCGCGUCAUCCGCGCGCGCGCCCGCGGAAAUGCGUCAAGACGACGCGCAGAAUGAAAAAGAAGGCGGCGGCGCGGUGGAAUCCAUGUCAAUCGAAGCGACGAAUGCGAUGCGUUUAAAGCUCGGUUUAGCGCCCUUGCGCGAAGGAGCGUCGAAGAAAACCCAUGACGCGGACGCUUUACGUCGUGAUGAGGCGAAAGCGGCGGAAACGGCGGCGCUGGCGGAGAAGAUUGCUGCGAGGAAGCGUCAGAGGGAGAUUGAAAAGUUGAACGCGGCGACUACAAAGCUCGGCGACGCGGACGAUGAGGAGGAAGACGCGGGAGCUUGGUUGGCGAAGAGCAAAACGAAGAUGGCGACGAAAGCGCAGGAGUUGGAACGCGCGAAAGCGGCCAAAGUUGCGGCGAUGUUCGCGGAGAGGGAUGAGGACGCGGAGGCGAGCGCGUCGGAGGAGGAGGACGAGGGGGCGAAGAAAUCAAAGUCGGCGGCGUACACGUCGAAGGAUUUGCGCGGACUCAAGGUGAGGCACACCGCGGAUGAAAUUAAUGAAGGUCAAGAGGUGGUGUUGACGCUGAAGGAUACGAGCGUGUUGGAUGAUGAGGAUGAUGAAUUAGAAAACGUCUUAAUCGCCGAGCGCAAGUCGCGUAAAAAGGCGAGAAAGGAGUCAACGAAGAAGAGUGACGACCCUUUCGGGGAGGGCAAGGAUGUGGAGGCCAAGAAAACGGUGUUAGGAAAGUACGACGCUCAUGAUGAGGAUGCGGCAAUGGAACUCGACGGUGAGGGUGGCCUCGACGCGGCUGAGGAGAAGCGAAAGGCAGAAAUCAAGGCGCGACUCGCCGCCGAACUCUCGGGAUUGAAGGGUAAAGCGGAAACCGCGGAAGUUGUCAAGGGUGAGCAAGCUGAUUUUCACACCCAAGAAGAGAUGCAAGCUAAGUUUGUGAAGCGCGAAAAGAAGAAGAAGAUGCGCAAAAAAUUGAGAAAGAAGCAUAUCGAUGCUGCGGAGCUCGAGCAAGACGCGCUGGCGCCAGAGUCGAGCGAUCUCGGUUCACGACGCUCGCGCGGCGAGUCUAGUGCCGAAGCUAAGGCCACGACUAAUGAGAAAGACGCGAAGUUCGCGAAUGCGUUGCAAAAAGCUCGUGAAGUGACCGAUAAGAAGAUUCUCGCUGAACUCGCCGGCGAAGCAGAGGAAGAGGAAGACGACGAGCUCGCUCGUGCGCUCGCAAGGAGCCGGAAGAUGGCAAAUAUUUCGAACAAAGCAGCGCGCUCGGCGCCGGCAGACGUGGUCGCGCAAGUGGCGGCGCGUCGUCAAGCAGAUGAGGCGAAGGCUCGAGAGAACGCCGCGAAUGUCGCCGACGAAUCUCUAGUUUUUACAGACAUGUCUGAGUUUGUUCAAGGCAUCAACACUCAAGACGGCGCGCUCGAUGAGGUCUACGACGAAGACGCAGACACUGAGGAAAUGCCAGACGUACCGCCGCCGCCACCACCGGGCGGUGAAGACGAGCCGAUGGACGAUGAAAUGCCAGAUGUGCCGCCACCGCCACCGCAAGAGGAAGUCGACGCGCACGUUAACAUGCCCGUACUCGCGGAAAAGCACGUCGUGCAAAAAGGGUUGGCGAGCACACUCGCUCUUCUCAAAGACAAGGCUCAACUCGAUGAUGCGCAAAACACGCGCUGGAGUGGGCGCGCCAACGACAUGAAGGAUCGAUUCGACAGACAGCACGUGCUCGAGGCGCACGCCAUAGAAGAAAAAGCCGUCGACGGCUACAAGUUCGGUUUCAAGCUCGAUAAGUUGGACGAGUUCGGACGGAAGCUCACCCCGAAAGAGGCGUUUAGAGAGCUUUGCCAUCGUUUCCACGGCAUCGAGCCUGGCAAAAUGAAGCGCGAAAAGCGCCUGCGACAAUUCCAGGAGGAGCAACAGCGUCUCAAGGCGUCAAGCGUCAUGGACGACCGCAUCAAGGACGUACAGCGCGAUCAAGCGACGCCUUACGUCGUACUUAGCGGUCACGUGAGGGCUGGACAGGCGAGAAACGCUGAUCCGGUGGCGACGAUGAAGCGCGAACAGGAAUCCGCGCGCGCCACCCCCGCCGCCGCGUCGCGCGGUCCAUCAUCGGCAUCCGGUCUGAAGGCUUCCAACGCGACAAAAGUCUCGUUUGCGAUGAAACCAUCGAAGAAGUAA